CCUAGUUAUCUGUUGACGACGGCACAUAAAAUUUUCACAUUCCUUGUUGAAUCGUAAGUCUCAACUCUUUCGGUGGUCCGGAGAGAGUAAAAGAUUUAUUCUUCGUUCGUCAAAUAAUAAUGUCGAGAAUUGAAGAAGACAGCGAAUCCGAUGCCCCAGAGGAGUUCACCGCCGAACAGGGAUUGCAACAAGAUGUUCAAAUACAAACUGCCCAGAAAGAAAGUAAAGCCAGGAGCAAAUCAAGUUCUUCGGUUCUAGUAUGGGAGAAAGGCAUUCCGAAGAGGGUGGUAGUUACAGAUAAAGAACGUCGUAAGAAAUGGGCAGAGAGGAGAACACCGAAACGGUCACGAUUAAAUGCAGACACACAAGAUGGAGAGAUUGAAACACACCAGGAGGAGUCCAAACCUAGCAAGGAAGGAAUGCUCCCUGAUGAAAUAGUCAACCUUCUUGCAGCUCAAGAGAAGCAUGUUUUCCUGUCAGAUUCUGAGGAAGAAAUAGAAGAGAAACGAUUGAAAUCAUCAAGGAAGAAAAAACUUAAGACAUCUGGGUCUGAUCCGAUCAUUCUGAAGGACUUACCACCCAGUCGGUGCUUAAAUGAUUCCUUGGAGUUCUUGAAGAAGAGGAAGAUGCAAGUUCCAAGAUCUUCAACUGUUUUGAAUAACUCCAACCAAGCGCUACGCCUGCUUUCAACAUCUCUCUUGUUGAGUAAGCAGCGGUGAAGGCUUCUAAUAUUUUUUGUAUGUUGUCUUCUUAAAGGAAAGAUGUCAUUUUUGAGGAUGGAAGACAUUCAUUCCCCUUAGCUUGAUUAUGAUAUGCACAUUGGAAAUGUUUUGUUCCAACAUCUCUUCAGAUCAACUAUUAACAUCUUUUAUUGGUUUUUUAUAAUAUUUUAAUCAUCUUGA